CUAUCCUUUUUCACUUACGGCUGCAUUACUAUUAUUAUUAUUAUUUAAUAUAUUGUUAUUUAUUGUUUAUUUAUUUAUUAUUGCCCCGUUUUGAUCUUUCGACUGACUGAGCCAUUACUAUUAUAAUUAUUACUACUAUAAUGAAUAUUUUUAUUGUAUUAUUAUUACUACUAUUACUAUUAUUAUUUGAGCUCUAGAUUGAAACAUGACAAGAUUCUCUCUCUUUCUUUUCUUCCUUUCCUUUUUUUGGAAUUCUUUCUUUUCCAGCCAUCUCUUUGCUAUUAUUAUUACUACUAAUUCUAUAAUUACUAUUAAUAUAAUUACUAAUUAUUAUUAUUACUAUUCUUGUUAUGAUUAGUGCCCUGGUUUGAUCUCUAGAUUGAGACAUCAUACGUUUCUCUUCCUUUCUUUUCCUUUCCUUGGAUCAUCUUUACCUGCAAUCUCCUUGCUAUUAUUAGUAUUAGUAUUGUUAUAAUUAAUAUUAUUAUUACUACUACUAUAAUUAAUAGUAUUAUUAGGAUUACUAUUAUUAAUGUCCUGCUUUGAUCUCUAGAUUGAGGCAUGACAGCUUCUCUCUUUCUUUCCUUUCAUGCUUUUUACCCAAGACCUCCUUCCUAUUAUUGUUACUACUACUAUUACUAUAAUCAUAAUAAUCAUAAGUAUUAUUAUUGUUUGUGCCCGCUUUGACCUCUUGAUUGACAUGUAAGAGGUUUUUCUCUCUUUUCUUUCCUUGGAUCAUAUCUACCUGAGAUUUCCUUCCUAUUAUUAGUAUUACUACUACUACUACUACUACUACUACUACAAUAAUAAUAAUAAUAAUAAUAAUAAUAAUACUAAUUUUAUUUUUGUAUGGCCAUUGAUAUGUGAGCUGCUCCGCGUCCCCGUUGGGCAUAAAAAAAUAAAAUUAUUAUUAUUAUUAUUAUUAUUAUUAUUAUUAUUAUUAUUAUUAUUACAAUCAUAUAAUAUCAUAAAAUCAAUAGUUAAGACAUCAAAGAAUGCAUUGAAAAACAAAUUAACUUACUACUACUACUAUAAUACUAUUAUUACUACUGUUAUUAUUACUACAAUAAUAAUAAUUACUAUUAUAAUUAUGUUGUUAUUACUACUACAAAUUAACAAAUGAACUUACUACUACUACUACAAUACGAUUAUGAUUACUACUGUUAUUAUUACUACAAUAAUAAUAAUAAUAAUUACUAUUAUAAUUAUGUUGUUAUUACUACUACAAAUUAACAAAUUAACUUACUACUACUACUAUAAUACUAGUAUGAUUACUACUGUUAUUAUUACUACAAUAAUAAUAAUUACUAUUAUAAUUAUGUUGUUACUACUACUACAAAUUAACAAAUUAACUUACUACUACUACUAUAAUACUAGUAUGAUUACUACUGUUAUUAUUACUACAAUAAUAAUAAUUACUAUUAUAAUUAUGUUAUUACUACUACAAAUUAACAAUUUAACUUACUACUACUACUAUAAUACUAUUAUGAUUACUACUGUUGUUAUUAAAACAAUAAUAAUAAUUACUUUUAUAAUUAUGUUGUUAUUACCACUACAAAUUAACAAAUUAACUUACUACUACUACUAUAAUACUAUCAUGAUUACUACUGUUAUUAUUGUUAAAUCUAGUCCCUGAAAUCUAUUCUUCACCUCCACUGCAUAUUCACUGGGAAUAUUUGUGAGAUCUUAUCUAACUGGUCUGUGUAUUUUCCCCAUUCUCUUUAGUCUGAUUCUAAAUUUUGCAAUAAGAAGUUCGUGGUCUGAACAGAGCCGGUCCAACUGUGAGGCGAAUUAAGCAGUCGCUUGGGGGGCGCAGUCGAGACUUCUUUUUCUGUCGAUGUGUUGUAAAACAUGAUGUUUUGGUGCUUAAUUUGUAAAAUCUUAAUGUCAUUUGAUGUUUAAUAGGCUUUUCCUUAAUCCCUCCUUACUAUCCAACAUUUUCGCUUAUCCAACGCUUUCAUUUUUAGUGGUUUUGAGGAGGCACCAAAAUUCUGUUCGCCUACGCUUGAAAAUUACCUAGGGCCGGCUCUUCUUUUGGCGACCAAGACCCCAAAAUUACUGCCAAAGUUGCUAUAGCCUGUCGGUACAAGAUGUUGCCAAGGUUUUAGUAGGUUUUAAUAUUUACUUCAGCAUUUACCUUUGCCAUUUUAGCAUAUAAAUGUUUUAUAUCAUUUUAACUACCACAUUCAAUACUGUGUUUUAACCUUGUUCUUCACUGUGUUUCUUAAUAUCUAAUUGCAUAUGUUUCUAUGCUAUUCUGAUGCUUGUACAUUUUAUGUUGCUGGUCAUUGACCAUAAUAAAUAAAUAUAAUAUAAUAGGGCUGGCUCUGCUACUAAUUAAUACAGUAGAGUCUCACUUAUCCAACAUAAACGGGCCGGCAGAACGUUGGAUAAGUGAAUAUGUUGAAUAAUAAGGAGGGAUUAAGGAAAAGCCUAUUACACAUCAAAUUAGGUUAUGAUUUUACAAAUUAAGCACCAAAACAUCAUGUUUAACAACAAAUUUGACAGAAAAAGUAGUUCAAUACGCAGUAAUGUUAUGUUGUAAUUACUGUAUUUACGAAUUUAGCUCCAAAAUAUCACAAUGUAUUGAAAACAUUGACUACAAAAAUGCGUUGGAUAAUCCAGAACAUUGGAUAAGUGAGACUCUACUGUAUUAUUAUUGGCCUGCUUUGCCCUCCAUGACCUCCCUCUCUUUUCUCUCUCUCUCUCUCUCUCAGUGAAUGAAUAAAUGAAUGAACCCAGGCGGGCACGAAUGGACGGGUGAAUGUCCCAACGAUGGAGGCCCCGCACGGCUUCGGGAUCGACUCCUUGCUCUCGCGGAGCCCCGCCCCCUCCUCUGGCUCCUCCCCUUGCUCCUCCUCCUCCUUCAAGGAGGGCGGGGCCCUGCUCGAGGGGGCGGAGCUUAGCCCCUCCUCCUCCUCCUCCGGGCUGGGUGGGGGGUGCCCCUCCCCACCCAGGGGGCCCCUUGAAACCGCCGCCGACCCCGCAGGCCCCCCGCUGUGCCCCGGCCCCGCCCCCGGCCCCGCCCAGUCCCGGACCGUGACGUCAUCCUUCCUCAUCCGGGACAUCCUCGCCGACUGCCGGCCCCUCCCUGGCCCCGCCCCCUCAGGACACGCCCACGCCAAGGCCACGCCCACGCCCGGGUAUCAAGUGAAGGAGGAGGCGGAGCGUGAGAUCUCCAGCUCCCGGGCCACACCCCCGGCGGUGUCCUGCCCCGCCCCCUCCUCUUGCCCCGCCCCCUCCUCCUCGUGCUGCCCGUCCUCGUCGUCACCCUCGUCGUCGCCCUCGUCGUCGUCUUCGGGUUCCGGUUCGGGUCAGGGUCCGGGCUGCCGGCUGAAGAAGCCACGGAAGGCGCGGACGGCGUUCUCGGACCACCAACUGGCACAACUGGAGCGCUCGUUCGAGCGGCAGAAGUAUCUCUCCGUCCAGGACCGCAUGGAGUUGGCCGCCGCCCUCUCGCUCUCUGACACCCAGGUCAAGACGUGGUACCAGAACAGGAGGACGAAGUGGAAGCGCCAGACAGCGGUGGGCCUGGAGCUGCUGGCCGAGGCCGGGAACUACUCUGCGCUGCAGCGCCUCUUCCCGCCGCCCUACUUCUUCCCGCCGGGGGGGCUGCCCGGGAUCGACCCCUCCGCCGCCGCCGCCCUCUACCUCUACCGGGGGCCCCCUCCCCCGCACGGCCCCGUGACCCCUGUGACCCCCGCCGUGACCCCCGCCGUGACCCCCCCGCUGGCACGACCCCUGGUGCCCCGCCUCCUGCUGCACGGGCUGGGCGCGGCCGAGGGGGGGCUGCCGGGGGUCAUGCCCAGGUCGGCGCAACCCCGGUGAAGCCGCCCCUCUCCCGCUGGACCCUCGUUAUGUGGGAGGGGGCCGUGGGGGAGCCUGGAUCCGCAGAACGAUGGGGGUCGUAGUCCCACGCUCCAAACCAGCCUCGCUCGAGGGACCCCCCCCCCCCCCGUCUUGCACUCCUGUCUGAUGCUGCUGCCGACCCCUCAUUUUAUGGGGGGCGAUGGGAUACACAGUCCCUCGGGGUCACAGAUACGGAGGUGUCGAUAGGGCGAGAUGAUGGCAGCUGUAGUCCCACACGUCUGACCCCACAAGGGACUCCCGAUGCUGUUGCUGACUCUUCAUUGUAUGGGGCUGAUGGGAGUUGUAGUCCCACACUCCCGGCACUUCUUGCUGAUGCUGCUGACCCCUCGUUUUGUUUUGCUUUUUUGUGGAGGGGAUGAUGGGAGAGGCCAAUACGACAGGACGAUGGGAGCCGUAGUCCUUGCUGCUGCUGCUGCUGACUUUAAGAGGAUGAUGGGAUGCUUCCUGCAGGCCGGUGUGGAGGUACUGGCGACACAGGCAGGAUGAUGGGGAUUGUAGUCCUGCACGUGCUCAGAAGACUUGGCCCCACGUCUUGCUGCUGCCGACGAGCCCCUCGCUUUCGUGGGUGAUGGGACACGCAGUCCCUUUUGUAUCGCAGAGGGCAAACCCAGCGGAACUCCCAUCGUCCCCGUGUCUCUGGACUCUCUGGACACUCGGGCCCAAACGAAGCACUUUGUGAACCGGACCAGACAGGGCCGGGAGCCCAACCCGCCACGCUUGAUGUUCCUUGCCCACUGCCGCUCCCAUCAUCCCCUGCUCCCUGGCCAAGGCUGAUGGGAGUUGCAGUCCGGAAACGUUUGCCAAACGCAGGAGGAGGAGGAAAGGGAAGAGGACUGCAAAUCCCAUCAUCCUUCGUCCCUGGGUCUGGGCUGAGCCAGACCCAUCUGUGUUGGACUCUGCUUCCCCACAGCCACCGCCAAUCCGUCAGGACGCUGGGAGUUGGAGUCCGUCAUUCACUGUGUCCAGUGCGGCCAAUGGUUGAGACAGAAUCCACUGCUUUCCUGGAUGGACUCCAGUUCCCAUCGCCCUCAGUCAAUAUGUUGGUGGACUCCAGUUCCCAUCCUCCUUGACCCCCGACUGCUGUGGAUGAUGGGUGUUGGAGUCAGAUUUAGGGGACCUAUCUAUUCACCGAUUUAAGUGUUGAACAUUGGCCUCCCAAUUCCCAUCAAUGAAUGAUGGGAGUUGGAGUCCAUGGUUUCCCCAAACACAUGUUAUAUAUUGAUGUACUCCACUUUCCAUCCUCCUUGAGCUCUGGCUAUGUUGGACGAUGGGCGUCGGAGUCAAUUCUGGGGUUUUUCCAAAACAGAGCCAUCACUCAAGGCUUUCAUUAGAAUUGGACUCCAAUUCCCAUCAUCCCCAGCUGAUGGGCAAGGAUGAUGUGAGUUGGAGUCCAUUGCAUCCCUGGGCAUUGUUAUAUAUCGACAGACUCUAGUUCCCAUCCCCGUUGAUCUAACUCCUGUGGACGAUGGGCAUCUGAGUCACCCAUUGACGAAGGCCUGCCCUUCAGAUCAACAUUCCCACCAUCUCCAGCCAAUGGGUCAAGGAUGAUGGGAGUUGGAGUCUAUAUAUCUAGAUCUAGAUGCACCAGUUGCCAUGCUUGCCGAGGAUGAUGGGCAUAGAUGGACUCCAAUUGCCAUCCCCAUUGGCCCCGUGCCUGCUGAGGAUGAUGGGCAUCAGAGUCAAUGUUGACAUUCCCUUCAUCUUCAGCCAAUGGGUCAGGGACGAUGGGAAUUGGAGUCCACUGCAUCCCUAAGGCAUUGAUAUAUAUAUAUAUAUAUAUAUAUAUAGAGAGAGAGAGAGAGAGAGAGAGAGAGAGAUGGACUCCAACAUUGGACCCAGGUGUUCAGGGAUGAUGGGAGUCCUAAGCCUUUGUUCCUUUUCUUGCAAUUUGCAAAAACCAGAAACAGAACAAAACAAAACAACCGGGUUGGGUUUUCCGUGGCUGCGGGGUUUUUUUGUAAAUACCGUGUGCAUAUACAUGUAUAUGGAUCAUGAUUAUUAUUUAUUGGUGAAACCCGAGGGACGUCUUUGUGCAAAAACGUUGAGUCUCGUAACCGUCUGUACAUCUGUAUAGGAAGGAAAAGGACAGACAGAACGAAGGAGAAAAGGAAGGAACGAAGGAAGCAAAAGAACACGGGGAGGGGGGGGGAGCUCUUUCUCUCCCUCUUUUUUUAAUGUGGAAAUAAAACUUCUUUACAAACAAGAGUUGCUUCCGAA